CACUGCUGUGAUAUUGUGCUCUUUUUUCCCCCCACUCUCUCUCUCCCUCACACUUUUCUUGACUGUGCCAUGACGACACCAUCCGUACUCUAAAGAUCCCAAAGUCAGCAUUUCAUGUUAGUUGUGAAGAAUCACAGUUUUCCGUGUGCUCUGGUUAUUUUUUCCUUCCUUGCAACGGAGAUGAUAAAGGACUUAUCGUCGGCGUGGUGAGGAGAGCCUUGCCCCGAGAGGAUAGAUUCGCACCUGGGGAGGAUGGAUGCAAUGGAGCACGUGUGAUGGAGGAAAAUAAAAGUGGUCCAUGAAGAAUGGACAGGUGCCAAAGGUAGAAGGAGAGGCGCGGUGCUCCAAGUACCUCUGCUGGUCAGCAUCAUGACGUCAGAAGCUCUCUCUUCUCGUCGGUGCAGCUCGCUCUGGAACUGGUCCGGACUGCUGUGGCCGUGGGUGCUGCUGGUGGGUCACCUUUCGGGCACCUGGGCCCAACAGGGCGUGCAGCCCCAGUCCAUCAAAAUCGAGGGCGACAUCACCCUAGGAGGGCUGUUCCCGCUACAUUCCCGGGGGCCAGUAGGAGUCGCCUGCGGGGACAUCAAAAGGGAAAAGGGGAUCCAUCGACUGGAGGCCAUGCUGUACGCCAUGGAUCAGAUUAACGGUGAUCCUGACCUGCUGCCCAAUAUCACGCUGGGGGCCCGAAUACUGGACACUUGCUCCAGAGAUACCUACGCCUUGGAGCAGUCGUUGACUUUUGUCCAAGCCCUGAUCCAAAAGGACAACUCGGAUGUGCGCUGCUCUAACGGAGAGCCACCAAUUAUCCCCAAGCCAGAGAGGGUGGUUGGUGUGAUUGGGGCCUCCAGCAGCUCGGUAUCCAUCAUGGUGGCCAACGUGCUCAGGCUGUUUGCGAUCCCCCAGAUCAGCUAUGCCUCCACCGCCCCGGAGCUGAGCGACAACAGCCGAUAUGAGUUCUUCUCCCGUGUUGUGCCUCCGGACUCCUACCAGGCCCAAGCCAUGGUGGACAUCGUGAAAGCCAUGGGCUGGAACUACGUCUCUACCAUAGCGUCAGAAGGGAACUACGGAGAGAGUGGUGUCGACGCUUUCCUGCAGAUAUCCAGAGAAGCAGGAGGGCUUUGUAUUGCUCAGUCCAUAAGAAUUCCUAGAGAGCCCAGACCUGGGGAGUUUGAAAAGGUCAUCAAGAGACUGAUGGAGACAUCGAACGCUCGGGGGGUUAUCAUCUUUGCCAGUGAGGACGACAUCAAGCGAGUUUUGCAAGCUGCCAAAACGGCCAAUCUGACUGGCCACUUCCUGUUUGUUGGCUCGGACAGCUGGGGGGCCAAGAGCUCCCCCAUCCAAGACCAGGAGGAAGUAGCCGAGGGUGCCGUCACUAUCUUGCCGAAAAGAGCCUCCAUUGACGGCUUCGACCAGUACUUCACAUCAAGAUCUCUGGAAAACAACAGAAGGAACAUCUGGUUUGCUGAAUUUUGGGAGGACGACUUCAAGUGUAAGCUCACUCGGCCUGGCGUUAAAUACGAUGCCGGUAGAAGAAAAUGUACAGGUGAGGAAAGAAUAAGCCGGGAUUCUCUGUACGAACAAGAAGGGAAGGUGCAGUUUGUGAUAGAUGCGGUGUACGCCAUGGCUCACGCCUUACACAGCAUGCACCUCGACCUGUGUCCCGGCUCCAUGGGGGUUUGCGAAAAGAUGGACCCGGUGGAGGGACGGAUGCUCCUCCAAUACAUACGCUCUGUCAAUUUCAACGGAAGUGCAGGAACUGGUGUGAUGUUCAAUGAGAAUGGAGACGCUCCUGGACGUUACGACAUCUUCCAGUACCAGCUUUCCAACGUCAGCUACCCUGGCUAUAAGGUUAUCGGCCAAUGGACAAACCACCUCCGGCUCAAUCCAGAGGAGAUGCAGUGGUCAGGCGGUGAGCGCAGGAUCCCAGAGUCCGUAUGCAGCUUCCCCUGCGAGUCUGGUGAGAGGAAAAAGAUGGUGAAGGGUGUUCCCUGCUGCUGGCACUGUGAGCUCUGUGACGGCUACCAGUAUCUGCUGGACGAGUUCAGCUGUGACAUGUGCCCCUUCGAUAUGAGACCCUCUAAGAACCGUACAGGAUGCCGGCCCACGCCCAUCAUCAAGCUGGAGUGGAGCUCUCCCUGGGCUAUAAUCCCCGUCUUCCUGGCAAUCCUUGGCAUCCUGGCCACCACGGGGGUCAUUGGCACAUUCGUCCGCUUCAAUGACACACCCAUUGUUCGAGCCUCGGGCAGAGAGCUCAGCUACGUGCUGCUGACGGGCAUCUUCCUCAUCUACCUCAUUACCUUCCUCAUGAUUGCCGAGCCCAGCGUGGCCGUGUGCGCCUUCCGAAGGUUGCUUCUUGGGCUCGGCAUGUGCAUCAGCUACGCCGCCAUGCUGACCAAAACCAACCGGAUUUAUCGCAUCUUUGAGCAAGGCAAAAAGUCGGUCACUCCCCCCAAGUUCAUCAGUCCUACUUCUCAACUUAUUAUCACCUUCAUACUCAUCUCAGUGCAGGUACUCGGUGUGUUCAUUUGGUUUGGUGUGAUGCCGCCUCAUACUAUCAUCGACUACGAAGAGCAGAAGCCUCCAAAUCCUGAGUUUGCCCGGGGGGUUCUCAAGUGUGACAUGUCCGACCUGUCCCUCAUCCUGUGUUUGAGCUACAGUCUGGUCUUGAUGAUCACCUGCACGGUGUACGCCAUCAAAAGCAGGGGAGUUCCUGAGACCUUCAAUGAGGCCAAGCCCAUUGGCUUCACCAUGUACACCACAUGCAUCGUCUGGCUGGCCUUUGUACCCAUCUUCUUUGGCACUGCACAAUCUACUGAGAAGAUGUUCAUCCAGACCACCACCCUGACAGUGUCCAUGAGUCUAAGCGCAACUGUCUCCCUGGGCAUGCUCUACAUCCCCAAAGUCUACGUCAUCGUCUUCCACCCGGAGCAGAACGUGCAGAAGCGAAAGCGUAGCUUCAAAGCCGUGGUGCAGGCAGCCACCGUGUCCACGCACCUCUCCCAGAAAUCCAACGACAAACAGAACGGCGAGUCCAAGAUAGAACCGGACAGAUCGCAGUGAAGGAGGUCUGUAUCUAUUUUUCAUCGAUCAUCACAUCGGCCCUUAUAGACAUGAAAAAAAAAAGCAUUUAUCUUGGCCGAUUUUUUUGAAUAUGACACUAGCAAAUAUGUUCCUGGAUUUUUUUUCUUCUUCACUACUAUUUAACUCUUGAACAAUGCACAAAAGGAACCUUGAAAGUGAACAACUUUUUAGUACAAUCCCAGAAGGACUGAUGAUGGCUGAGUGAACCUAAAAUAACACUGCAAACAUCGUUUGCUUUUUUUGAUAUCAUGCCAAUCUUAUAUGCACGCCGACUUGUCAAGGACAGGUUUGUUGUUAUUUUCCCUGGGGAAAAAUAAGCGCUGGGGUGACCUGUGACCCACGGUGCAAUGUAGGGUUGAUGAGACUCAUUUACUCUCAAAGCACUGCAUGGAUUUCGUGUUGUGAUUAUUAUGAUAUAUUAGAUAUGGAAGGGUUGGGUUCAGAACUUUUGCUUGCACUGGAUGUCAUUUUUAAAAAGCACUACACUCUUUGCUAAAGAUUUUAAAAGGAGAAUUCACUAUUUCAUGUAAAAAAUAUUUUUUUGCCUGUCUGCGUAAAAUGUGCAAUGUUUACUAUCACCACACUGUAAAACAAUGGCAGCUUCAGUCUAUCAUCCACACUUUGCCCAGUGAUGUGUGGUGAGGUUCAUGGUUGGACUCCUUUCAAUUGUCUUAAAAUUGUUGUGCUCUAAUCAGUACACGUUGCUCAUUUUGAGAAAAAUAAGAAGAAAAGACAAUAAUUAUUUGAUGUAAAAAUGCUCUUCUUAAUCCUAUUUUUUUUUAAAUGGUAUUGAUAAAACUAAACCAGAGGUGGGUAGAUUAUCCAAACAUUGCAUUUAAGUAAGAGUACUUCAGAGUUGUGUUUCUUAUCCAGAGGGGCCCAUUGUUAAGCCGCCACUGCACCUUGAGAGGGCCGCCAAAAAUAUAGUUUUCUCUAGAGAUUAUCGGCCGAUAAAUGCUUUAAAAUUUAAUAUUGGAAAUUAUCGGUAUCGGUUUCAAAAAGUAAAAUUAAUGACUUUUCAAAACGCCGCUGUACGGAGUGGUACACGGACGUAGAGAGAAGUACAGAGCGCCAAUAAACCUUAAAGGCACUGUCUUUGCGUGCCGGCCCAAUCACAUAAUACCUACGGCUUUUCACACACACAAGUGAAUGAAAGGCAUACUUGGUCUACAGCCAUGCAGGUCACACUGAGGGUGGCCGUAUAAACAACUUUAACACUGUUACAAAUAUGCGCCACACUGUGAACCCACACCAAACAAGAAUGACAAACACAUUUCAGGAGAACAUCCGCACCGUAACACAACAUAAACACAACAGAACAAAUACCCAGAACCCCUUGCAGCACUAAUUCUUCCGGCACGCUACAAUAACCCCCCCCAACCUCCUCAUGUCCCAAAUUCCAAGCUGCUGUUUUGAGGCAUGUUAAAAAAAAAUAAAGCUGCAGGCAGCGAUGGACGGGACCGACUUUGAGGGCUCAUAAAAUCCAAACCGGAGCAGUAAUUAAAACUCUUUCAUCAACUUUUAAUCAGAAGGGUUCAAUCUCUCUCCUGUGCUAAUUUGAAGCAGACACGACAAACGCGCUCAGAGGAGAUAAUGUUUGAAAAAAGGUGACUGUUUCUACACUUUUGUUUUGAAGGGGGAAUUGCAAACUUCCUGUUGAUUUUUGCUGGGGGUUGUCAGUGUAUGAAAUAUAGGUCUAAGUGAGACCUACAUAGAGGUUUUUGUUUCAUGUCUCUACGACAUUCCUACUGGGAGUUAGAGGCAGUUUUGUCUGUGUUUUCUUCCUAGGGGGCGCUAGAGCGCAAUUUAGAGUUUUGGGGUUUGGUUUUUUGAUUAGAUCGCAAUUUUCGCCAGUCCCGAUGUGUGUGUCCAAUUUAGUGAGUUUUGAAGCAUGUUAAGGGGGUCAAAUUACAGCUCAAAGAGGCGGCAGUAUAAUAAUAAAACGCUAGAAAUUCAAUAGGGUCCUCUGUCCCAAAGGGACUCAGUCCGUGCACUUUGUGACUUCAAUAAUAAAUAUGGCAGUGCCAUGUUGGCAUUUUUUUCCAUAACUUGAGUUGAUUUAUUUUGGAAAACCUUGUUACAUUGUUUAAUGCAUCCAGCGGGGCAUCACAACAAAAUUAGGCAUAAUAAUGUGUUAAUUCCACGAUAUCGGUUGAUAUCGGAAUCGGUAAUUAAGAGUUGGACAAUAUCGGAAUAUCGGAUAUCGGCAAAAAAGCCAUUGUCGGACAUCUCCAGUUUUCUCAGCUGUCUUCCUUAUGGGCCGCAGUGGUACUCAAUUGUAAUACACUUUUCCACAACUGGUGGCAGUAAUGACAAUAUCAAACAAACAGAAGAAGUCUUGAGCUAAACUUUCUUAAGUGCAAAAAGUAUGACUAAAAUGGGGAAGCUGUCCAUCCAUUAUUUCCAUCUGCACUUACAUUUUAUUGACAGUAUAUUUAACAAACACAACAUUAAUUAUUUAUAAUUUUACAUAAAUGUAUUUAUUUUAGUACUACACAUUUUAUUUUCAUCCGUUUUUAUGUGUCCCUUCUAACUAUUGCAGUCUUUUUGAUUGGUAUUUAUUUUUGUAAUCAGUCUGACCUAAGCCUUGAUAAUGAUCUUUGUGAUAAACACAUACUCUCAUAUCUUUUGACAAGGGUAAUCCGGUAAACUGUAGGAAGGUUAGAUAUCCUUUUUGAAUAUGAUUAAAAUCAAGAAUAGGAAUACUACCGGUAAUUCCGUGUUAUUAUCAUACCUGCCAACUUUUGAAAUCAGAAAAACCUAGUAGCCAGGGUCCAGGGGCCGCAGGCCCCGGUAGGUCCAGGACAAAGUCCUGGUGGGGGGUUCGACGCAAAAUGAUUAUUAGCAUUCAGACAGGUUAAAAUGUUGCUAAAACCAUCACUUUUCUAUCAGUCACAGUGACUUUUCAAAACAAAAAUAUUACAGCAAAAAUCAUAUGGGUUGAUUGACA